AUGUGCGGUUAUCAUGAUUUUCAGACCGCUUCGGAGGAGUCUCUCAAGGUCGCUACGGCAAAUCGCCUCGAAGGAUCGGAUGCUCGAUUCGGCAAAUCACCUCGAACGAUGUGCGGAUCUCGGCACUUUCAGACCGCAUCAGAGGCGCAUCGGAUGCUCGAAUCGGCGAACCACGUGGAACGAUGUGCGGAUGUCGGCAUUUCCGGAUCGCAUAAGGUGCGUCUCCGAGGGUCGGUACGGGAAAUCACCUCGGAAGAACGAGACUCGCAUUGGCAAAUUACCUCGAACGAUGUGGGAUAUCAUGAUUUUGAGACCGCUUCGGAGGAGUCUCUCAAGGUCGCUACGGCAAAUCGCCUCGAAGGAUCGGAUGCUCGUGUCGGCAAAUCACCUCGAACGAUGUGCGGAUAUCGGCACUUUCAGACCGCAUCACAGGCGCGUCGGAUGCUCGAAUCGGCAAAUCACGUCGAACGAUGGGCUGAUAUCGGCAUUUCCAGAUUGCAUCAGACGCGUCUCCGAGGGUCGGCACGUGAAAUCACCUCGGAAGAACGAGACUCGCAUUGGCAAAUUACCUCGAACGAUGUGGGAUAUCAUGAUUUUGAGACCGCUUCGGAGGAGUCUCUCAAGGUCGCUACGGCAAAUCGCCUCGAAGGAUCGGAUGCUCGUGUCGGCAAAUCACCUCGAAUGAUGGGCGGAUAUCGGCAUUUCCAGAUCGCAUCAGAGGCGCAUCGGAUGCUCGAAUCGGCAAAUCACGUCGAACGAUGGGCGGAUAUCGGCAUUUCCAGAUCGCAUCAGAGGCGCAUCGGAUGCUCGAAUCGGCAAAUCACGUCGAACGGUGGGCGUAUAACGGCAUUCCCAGAUCGCAUCAGAUGCGUCUCGGAGGGUCGGUACGGGAAAUCACCUCGAAAGAACGGAGACUCGAAUUGGCAAAUUGCCUCGAACGAUGUGCGGAUGUCAGGAUUUCCAUACCGCUCCGGACACGUCUCUCAAGGUGGCUGCGGCACUGCAUGGCAAAUCACCUCGAACGAUGUGCGGAUCUCGGCACUUUCAGACCGCAUCAGAGGCGCAUCGGAUGCUCGAAUCGGCGAACCACGUGGAACGAUGUGCGGAUGUCGGCAUUUCCGGAUCGCAUAA